ACUCAAAGGAGAGAAAAAACGCAAAUAAGAAUUUCAGUUAUUGAUUAAACAAACUUUGUCCACUUACGUCAAAAUAAGGCAAAAAGAAAAAAAAACAACUGAAUUGGAAAUUAUAUUUGCAAAGAUUGUUGAGUAACAACAGAUUUUAACAAAAAAAAUAAUACAAAUUAAUAUCGAAUUAGUGAUAAUAAAUUUCAAACGAAUAAUUUAAGGAAAACUUAACCAGAAUGUUGUUGCCAGAGCAAAUACGUCCUGGAUACUUGGAACGCAUACUGGAGAUUUUAAAGUCUCCGAUAAGACCAAAACACAUACGUUUGUCAGCUGUUCUCAUUUGCAUUAAUCAGUUUCUAAUUGCAAAUAUUCUGUUGUUCAUUGUGAUACUGGCUUACAUUCAUAUCGAGGAGGCCAACUCAAGGGCGAUUGCCGACAUGGAGGAUCAACGUGACAAUGCGUACUACAGUCUGCCGGACUUGAUAUUGAACCGCAUACGUUUUCACUUUGCCAACGACGUCACGAUGACAUCACGGGUCUUUGCCUUCUCGUUGGUCUGUUGCUCUGCCGUGUAUUUGCUGAGUGCCAUUGGCCUACUGAUUGGCAUCUACAAGAGUCGUGAGGAAUUCGUUUUGAUAUGGUUGAUACUGCAGGUAGCCUUCUUUAUUGGCGGAAUAGUCUUCAGCGUUUGGAUAUCGGAUGGUAAAUUAGUUGAGCAUACAGUUGGCAAAUUAUUUUUCUUUAUUAUGUCAGCUACUGUUCUCGUGUGUGAUGCAACAAUGUGGUACAUUAUUUAUUGCUUCUAUCACAGCAUACGUCUAAUGAACAAACUACGGGAAAUAGCCACUGUAGCCAUACCAUGUCCAGCGCCUGGAACGGUCCCCUUUCAUUUCAGGCGGGAAAAUAUGUAUUUAGGCAGCAAUGGCUAUAAACACAUUUUAACCGAAGCACCCGAUGGCAAUUAUUGAUUUUAAAUAGAUAAUAAAUUAUAUUUUUACUUGUUUUUCACCAAAAUUUACUUGAUCAAAUCAUUUAACAAUUAAUGUUUUCCUCAAACAAUUUAUAUACUUAGCAUUAUGAUUAUUU